AUGCCUUUAAGCAACAAUGUAAUCGGUUGCAUCAACUUCAUCUCCGUCCUCCUCUCAAUUCCGGUCAUCGGCGCCGGAAUCUGGUUAGCCAUGGGAACCGUAAACUCAUGCGUCAAGCUUCUUCAAUGGCCAGUAAUAAUCCUCGGAAUCUUAAUCCUCCUCGUGGGUCUCGCUGGUUUCAUCGGAGGGUUUUGGAGAAUCACAUGGCUUCUCGUUAUUUACUUAAUUGCCAUGCUUGCUCUCAUCGUACUUUUAGGUAUUCUUGUCGGGUUUAUUUACAUGGUUACCAUUAGAGGCUCUGGUCAUCCAGAGCCAAAUAGAGCAUAUCUCGAGUAUAGUCUUCAAGAUUUCUCUGGUUACUUACGUCGAAGAGUUCAGAGAUCUUAUAAAUGGGAUAGGAUCCGUACUUGUUUGAGUACUACUAGUCUUUGUCCUGAAUUGAAUCAGAGUUUCUCUACGGCUCAAGAUUUCUUCAAUGCUCGUCUUAGUCCCAUUCAAUGCGUGAACUCGUUAAUCGAGGAAAAUUAG